GGUUCCAUGACAAAUACGAGGAGAAAACAAUAUUUCCCUUUCCUCACAUAUCCACGGAAAUCAUUCACUUUUUUUUUUAUGCGGGAAACAUAUUUAAUACUCACAUAUUAGCCAUACUUGGCUCCACGGAACAGUGCACCUUACUUCGUCUAUAUGUACCAUAUUUUCUUCAAACAUUAUUUUUUCAAUGCUCUGAUCUCUUUGUGCUGAAGUAUAAUGACAAUAAAGUCAUUCUAUUAGCCAACUGAUAAUGGUGUCGAAAGUGCCAGAUUGAUAACGGUGUGACGCUUACCUGUUUCUGGAGAUUGUAAUGAUACUAAAAAAAAACCUCUUAAGGACUUUUAGAAAUAUUAUUUGGAUAAAAAAAUACAUUUAAACUGGUCAUUUAUUUUAAUUUAUUCAAUCGUUUUGGACGCAAACAGAUACGUUUUGCUUCCCCACACCACGACGUUUUUUCGCGUAAUACGACAGGAAAUGACACCCCUCCGUUGGCCAUCGCCAUGGUAACAACCCAGAGCCAGCAGCCAUUGGCGGGCUCGUUGCCGUAAAGCACAACGGCACUGCACCGAGUUAGCAUCGGUGGCUAACACUCGACCGGCGACUAUUUGUGACCUCCCGGAUCACUUUAGGUCACUUUCCGCCCUCCGGGGAGCAUUAAACUGUUAUGGCGGAGAAAAAUGAAAACCUAGAGGAGCACCUGGAGAAGUUUGUGGAAAAUAUCCGACAGCUCGGAAUCAUUGUCAGCGACUUCCAGUCCAGCAGUCAAGCGGGUCUGAACCAAAAACUGAAUUUAAUGAUCACCGGACUGCAAGACAUUGAGAAAUGCCGUCAACAGCUGCAUGAGAUCAACGUACCUCUGGAGGUGUUCGACUGUAUCGACCAGGGCAAAAACCCUCAGCUGUACACCAAGGAGUGUUUGGAGCGAGCCUUGGCAAGGAACGAACAGGUCAAAGGGAAGAUCGACACGCUGACGAAAUUCAAGAGUCUUCUGAUCUCCGAGCUGGGUAAAGUCUUUCCAGAGGAGAUGGCUAAGUACAAGGCCAUCCAUGGCGACGACGCGCCUUCUUAGUGACUCCUGAGCUUUCAGAACCUGACAUUUGUUUAAAGGGGUUGGACCAAGGAGCAUGCUCUGUGGUUGCAGCCGAGCUGAGCCUCCACGUUCAUUUGAAUGGCUGGACAAAUAUACGCACAUCCUUGUCCUUGUUGCAUGGACGUUGUAUUAGCAGCUCUUUCCUGAUUCGUCAUGAGGCGCUUGUAUUUAUUUAUAUCUUUUGUAUCCCUUCAUACACCUUGUACAGUACACUGUUGCUCAGGUUUCUACGCUCUAUCAAUGCAGGCGUAACUUCUCCUGACCCCAGCUCUGCAUUUGCAUUAAAGUUUUGUAUGUAAAUAAUCCA